AUGGCGGAGUGGUUGCUCUCCUGUUGUGAAGUCUUCGAAAAUUUAAACUUCACUGAGGUAAGUUUUAUUUUUUCCAUACAUAUUUGGUGACUAGAAUGCAAGACAUCCCAGCACAGAGUUAUGAACACCGUACGAACCAAAAAACGAUCAAGCGGAGAAGUGCUUUCGCAUUAUAAAGUUGAAAUUCGGCGUUGCAAGUUAUGUAUUGUCAGAUGCAGUGUUUCUGUGAGGCCCGAAAAAGACUGUGAACUUUUCAGUGGUUCUUUCUUUCGCUUAUUCUUUGGUCUUAGUUCAAUGGCAAAAGCAGUUGUUCUGAUUAAUAUUAGAUGCACUGUAUGAUUCAGUAUGAUUGUUUGAUUGUUAGCUUCAACAUAUAUCAUCAGCGAAUGACAAAGCUUUGCAAUUACAUUUGUAAAAUGUUAACUGGCUACUAUAUAUGUACUUAAUGAGGCUGAAAAAUGUGAUGAUGAUGAUUUUAGGUAUAUAUCAUAACCUAGAUUUCAUUCAGAACAAAUUUACUAACUUUUUUUCUGUUGCUGGUCAAGAUGGACUUAGAUAUUGGAGGGAUAGUCAAGGAUAUACCAAUCACUUGGAGAAACUCUGAUCUCUGGUUAGCUGCUGCUUGUAUCAUGUUCAAUCCUUUGUUUUGGAAUGCUGUAAGCAUCAAACUACGUUUUUAGUUUUUACUUUGUAAUAUUUUUACAGUAGAGCCCUACCUGUAAAUCUCAGUUAAUCAGGAUCCUGGAAGAGGGGGUGGGUUGCACUGCUAUAUAUGGGCUAUGUUAAAGUAUGUGCCAGCUUGAAAGGUAGGGUAUAUUAAAGCAGUAAACCCUUAAAAUCCAAGUUCUCCUUUCUUGUCCCAUAUAUUUCUUAUAAAAGUAGUGGGGAGAAUUUGUCAAAAUAUCAUGAGAAUUAAUCCUGAGUGAUAAUAUCCUUAACUCUCCAUGAAAAGAAAAAUUUCUUUGAUUUUUGAUCAGUGCUAUAAGUUGUCCAUUACAACCAUGAAGGUGCGUUUUUCCUUUUUUCGAAGUUGAGAUGUUAUGUUUUUGCUUAAUGCUGAUCAGUGAGUUUAAACUUUUGUGCUUUUUAAUGAACAGGUUGCUCGCUGGGAAUAUAGAACCCAUUCCCUGACACAUUACUGUGGUUCUGCCAAAAGAGGAUGUUAUAUGCUAGCUGUUGUUAUUGUCCUACUUGGGCUGUUCAGAGACUACAGGUAAAACAGAUUACAAGUAUAACUCAUGGAUACUAUUUCCAACAUUGUUUAGUUUCAAAUGCCCCUGGUAUAUAACUGAAAGGGGAAGGCAUACAUGCCAACCCUCCCGGAUUAUCCGGGAGUCUCCCGGAUACGACACCAAUCUCCCGGUCUCCCGUACGGGUCGCUUUAUCUCCCGGAUAAAAUCAUCUUUUGAGCUUUUCUGUGCCUUAGUUUGAAAUUUAGCCCAUUUUUAGUUCAAAACUUGAAUUUUUCUUGUUCGUAAUACUGUUUCUGAGGCAUUUUACACCUAUUUAGUCACUGACAAAGAUUAUUUCUGGCAUCAAAACGAUGAUCGCGAAUUUUGAUGGUAUCUACUUCAUGUAAGACUUGAUAUAAUGUCCUAAAUUUCCGGGGGUAGUGGGCUAAUGGAAAACAGAGUCUCCAGAUUUUAAGUCUUCAGAGGUUGGCAUCUCUGGGAAGGUCUAACACUUAACUUGAAGAAAAGCAAUGCUAUCAAAACUUGACGUUUCAACAACAAUAUGUCACUAUUAUCAAAUGCAAAUGAAAAAAAAGUUAUGCUUGCUCAAAAGCUGUAAUAUAUUGUUUAGUUAUUUUCCUGAUGGGUUGGCCAGGGGUAAGCUAGAGUUCACUGAUAAUGUUAUGUUGGAUAGGGGACGGAGGUAUGAAUACAUUUUGAAGUUACCUCACCUGGAGUAGUCUCAAACAGUCUUUGAUGAAGUAGCUAUUGUAAUCCUUAAAAACGUAUAAAUUGGAAACUUGUGUGUUUUUCUUAUAUUCAUCUUCUUAGCAACUAAUUUUUUUCUUGAAUUUGUUUUUCUAAUUCUAUUGGACAGGUUUGAGAAGGCAAUUUCAAGCCAGCCCAUAGCAGAUGUUCUGUGUGCUGAUCAUGUUCAAAUUUGUGGCUCUUUACUGAUUCUAACCGGCACAGUUCUUGUUCUUAGUAGUUUCUUGUCCCUUGGCAUUCUGGGAACAUUUCUAGGUGUAAUAAAUAUUGUUUCUCUUUCAAUUUUAUUUCUUACUUAAUUUUCCUGUACCUAUCCAAAGAAGUUUAUUGUAGAAAGCAUUGAACUACACUCAGUGUGGUUCCAGUUUCACCGAUGUAAAGCUGCCAAGUUAUGUACCAAAUGUGGCCAACUCAACUUGCUUUCUGUACAAUUGUCCCUCGAUAAUGAAAGCAGUCAGUCUGCCAUCAGUCAUCAACAUGUCCUAGUAUACUCACCUUACCACUGGUCAAUAGCUUCAACUCAAAUUGCUGUUAGAGUAAUAAAUAAUAAAGACUUUAAU